GGCGUGGUCUGGUUUCCGAAGCGCGGGAGGGGUGUGGCCCGCCGCCCUCCUGGGCUCUGGGUCAGUGAGGCGCGCUCACCGCCGCGGGUCACCACUGCGCCCGCGCUCGCUUCCUGAUCGCCCUCAGAGGCUCCGAGAUUCGUCCCAAGUCGGGCUGCGGACCUCCGGACCCUGCGCGGUCAGAGCGGCGAUGGAAGGCGCCCGGGAGAAACCCCCGGAGCCUAGCUCCCCUGCCCUCGGGUCCCGAGAGCCUGCCGGCUUGGCCAGGGGCCCAGAGGUGCUGCCUCCCGAGGAGUCAGAGGGCUGCGCCCGGCCCCCGGAGACGGCCCCCAAGAAACUCUGUGGAUACUUAAGCAAGUUUGGCGGCAAGGGGCCCAUCCGGGGCUGGAAGUCCCGCUGGUUCUUCUACGACGAGAGGAAAUGUCACCUGUAUUACUCGCGCACCGCGCAGGAUGCCAACCCCCUGGACAGCAUCGACCUCGCCAGUGCGGUCUUCGACUGCAAGGCGGACGCCGAGGAGGGAACUUUCGAAAUCAAGACUCCCGGCCGGAUUAUUACCCUGAAGGCCGCCAACAAGCAAGUGAUGCUGUACUGGCUGCAGCAGCUGCAGAUGAAGCGGUGGGAGUUCCACAACAGCCUGCCUGCACCUCCUGUCGUCCCUGACGCUGCCCUGGCUGGGAAUGAGCCUGCCCUGCGCCUUGAGCUAGAGCAAGAGGAGGCGGAGCUGGAGGAGUUCCUGCACCCUGUGAAAACGCCCCCUGGACUUGUGGGUAUGGCAGCCGCCUUGCAGCCAGCCCCAGCCAUGCCCUUGGCCCUUCAGAAUAUUUCCCUCAAGCACCUGGGAACCGAAAUACAAAACACGAUGUACAACAUCCGAGGCAACAGGCAGGCCCAAGGAACAGGCCAUGGACCUCCAGGGGAAGAUCCUCUACCGAGCAGCGAGCCUCAGCUGGAGGAGCGGCCCUCAUCCCCUGACCCCAGUGCCCCAGGGAAAGAUCCAGGGGAGACUCUGAAGCCUGCACCCAAAUCCUCUCUGACUGCCAAUCUCAUUCAGAAAGCCAAGCGCCAGAACAACACCUUCCCGUUGUUUGCUGAGGGACUCACACGGAACCGAACUGCACAGGAGAGAGCCGUGGCCUUGGAGCAACAGGUUCUGAUGCUUACCAAGGAGUUAAAGUCUCAGAAGGAGCUGGUGAGGAUCCUGCACAAAGCUCUGGAGGCUGCACAGCAGGAGAAGAGGGCAACCAGCGCGUACCUGGCAGCGGCGGAGGACAAGGACCGGCUGGAGCUGGUGCGGCACAAAGUGCGGCAGAUCGCGGAGCUGAGCAGGCGGGUGGAGGCCCUGGAACAGGAGCGGGAGAGCCUGGCACAGACGGCGAGCCUGCACGAGCAGCAGGUGCAGGAGCUGCAGCAGCACGUGCAACUGCUCAUGGACAAGAACCAGGCCAAACAGCAGGUCAUCUGCAAGCUGUCUGAGAAGGUCACCCAGGACUUCAUACAGCCCCCUAACCCACUCCUUGUGCCUCCAGACGCUGCCAACAGGGACUUCCUGAGCCAACAGGAAAAGAUGGAGCAUCUGAAGGAUGACAUGGAAGCGUACCAGACCCAGAACCGCUUCCUCAAUUCCGAGAUCCACCAGGUGACAAAGAUCUGGAGAAAGGUGGCUGAGAAGGAGAGGACCCUCCUGAUGAAGUGUGCCUACCUCCAAGCCAAGAACUGCCAGGUGGAGAGCAAGUACCUGGCAGGGCUGCGGAGGCUGCAGGAGGCCAUGGGGAGCCAGGGCAGCGAGUGCGCAGAGCUGCUCAGGCAACUCAUCCAGGAGGCGCUGCAGUGGGAAGCCAGCGAGGCCUCUGCCGACAGUGUUGAGCUGAGCCCCAUCAGCGAGUAUGAUGAGUAUGGCUUCCAGACGGUGCCCAACUACGAGGUGGAAGACCUGAAGCUGCUGGCCAAGAUCCAGGCACUGGAGGUGCACUCCCACCACCUGCUGGCCCAUAAGGCUAUGGAGCGCCCCCUGCGAGAGCGCUGGGCUGCCCUGGGUGAGCUCGCACCCUCCAUGGAGCUCAAGCAGCUGCUGCGGAUGGGCGUGUCCCGGGAGCACCGGCCUCGAGUCUGGCGGUGGCUGAUCCACCGCCGCGUGCAGCACCUGCAGGCCCCCGGCCGCUACCAGGAGCUGCUGAGCCAAAGCCAGACCUGCAAGCACCCUGCCGCCCGCCAGAUCGAGCUGGACCUGAACCGUACCUUCACCAACAACAAGCACUUCACCUGUCCCACCUCCGGCUUCCCUGACAAGCUCCGCCGGGUGCUGUUGGCCUUCUCCUGGCAGAACCCCUCCAUCGGCUACUGCCAGGGCCUGAACAGGCUGGCAGCCAUCGCUCUGCUGGUCCUGGGGGAAGAGGAGAGCGCCUUCUGGUGCCUGGUGGCUGUCGUGGAGACCAUCAUGCCCGCUGAUUACUACAGCAAGACGCUGACAGCAUCCCAGGUGGACCAGCGGGUGCUCCAGGACCUCCUCUCCGAGAAGCUGCCCAGGCUGAUGGCCCACCUGGGGCAGCUCCGUGUGGACCUCUCCUUCAUCACCUUCAACUGGUUCCUUGUGGUCUUUGCCGACAGUCUCAUCAGCAAUAUCCUCUUCCAGGUCUGGGACGCCUUCCUGUACGAAGGCACCAAGGUGGUGUUCCGUUAUGCCCUGGCCAUUUUCAAGUACACCGAGGAGGAGAUCCUGAGGUUACAGAACAGCCUGGAGAUCUACCAGUACCUGCGCUUCUUCACCAAGACCAUUUUCAACAGCCGGAAGCUGAUGAGCAUCGCCUUCAACGACAUGAACCCCUUUCCUAUGAAACAGCUGCAGCAGUUGCGGGCGGUCCACCGGGAGCGGCUGGAGGCGGAGCUGCGGGAGCUGGAGCAGUUCAAGGCCGAGUACUUGGAGACUCGGGCAGCCCAGGACCCGGUGGUGCCCGAAGGUUGCACCAGUGAGGACGAGGGUGACGGGGAGGCCUGACGGGGCCACCUGUGCUCCCGAAAGCCCUUCCAUUCUUGACUGGCAGGCCCACAGGAGGGCGGCCUUGGAGCAGUGGUCCAGCCCCUGGAGCCCAUCCCAUGUGACUCUGGGCAAGGCCCUUCCGCUUCUGGGCUCCAGUCACCCCAUCAGGACGCUGUGUGCUGGUUGGGUGCCCAGGGAUGCUGCCCCUUCCUCACUUCCUCCUCAGAGCACUUUAGCACGCGGACAGGAGUGCUGUCUUUAUAGGGAACUGUGAACAUUCUCUAAGUUCUUCUGUAUAAAACCAUGUAAAUACGAGAGAUAGUUCACAA